CCGCCCCCUCCCCGGCGAUGAAGGCGAGCCCCGUGGCGAGCGCCGCGGUGGCGGCGGCGGGGCCGGGGCAGGCGGCGGGGGGACCCGCGGGGGCACCGCGGGAGCCCGAUGCGCGCUGGAGGGAGAAGGGCGAAGCGGAGGCGGAGCGGCAGCGCACCCGGGAGCGGCUGGAGGCCACGCUGGCCGGGCUGGGCGAGCUGGAGUACCUGCGGCAGCGGCAGGAGCUGCUGGUGAAGAGCCUCCUGCUGCGGCGGCCGGCGGGAGCGGGGCCCGGGGCGCAGGGCGGCCGCGGGGAGCCGGCGGGAGAGGGGCCGGCACCGCGCAGCCUGGAGGAGAAGUUCCUGGAGGAGAACAUCCUCCUCCUGCGGAGGCAGCUGAACUGCUUGAGGAGGAGGGAUGCUGGGUUAUUAAAUCAGUUGCAAGAGCUGGAUAAGCAAAUAAGUGAUCUCCGCCUGGACGUGGAAAAAACGGCAGAUGAACACCUGGAGACAGACAGUCGUCCAAGUUCAGGGUUUUAUGAGCUGAGUGAUGGAGCUUCUGGAUCGCUUUCCAAUUCAUCUAACUCUGUCUUCAGUGAGUGUUUAUCCAGUUGCCAUUCUAGCACUUGCUUUUGCAGCCCUUUGGAGGCAACACUGAAUAUCUCAGAUGGACGCCCUAAAUCUGCAGAUCUCAUAGGCUGGAUGGACUAUAAUAAGGAAGGCCAGCAUGAGGACCAGACCGCAGGCUCUGUCUGUCGCUCUUUGUCCACACCGCACUCAAAUUCCCUCGAUGUCGUUGCAGAUGUUCAUCCCAAGUACCAGUGCGAUCUGGUGUCUAAAAACGGGAACGACAUCUACCGCUACCCCAGCCCGCUCCACGCCGUGGCUGUGCAGAGCCCCAUGUUCCUCCUCCCCGUGACUGAGAACCCCCAGCGAGAAGAGGAGAGGCUCGCUUGCGAUAUGAGCGACGUUUGCACCCCAUCCGAAACGGACUCGGGACAAUCCGCCAACGCCUUCCCCCCGCAGAGCUCCUGGCCGGCUCCGUGCCCUUCCACCAGCAAGAGGAUAGACAGCUACAUCUUAAGCCUGGUUCAGAAAAAGACUCACGCAGUAAGGACUAACAAACCCCGGACGAGUCUCAACGCCGAUGCCACCAAAGGCAUCUUGAGGCACGGGAGCAUGUGCGUCCGGCAGCCGGCAGCAAUGGUGGCCCACGGCAACGUGGUGAACCUGAAGAGCUCCAAGCCGGUGUGUUUGCCUGCCGGUGCGGCCCCCGCUGCCGACCACACAGCUCCCUCCCCGUUAAAGCAGAGGCCAAGGGAGCCGGCUGGGGAGCAGCUGGAGAGCAGGAAGGCCCCUUUGCCAGCAGCUUUCCCACCCGGCACAACAGCGGAACUCCAGAGCAAGCACUUGCCGCGGGGCAUCAAACCGGCACCGCCGGAGCUGGGCCGCAACGCCGCGGCCUCGGCCGGGGAUGUCCCCAAGGAGAACGGCCAGCUCUUUGCUGCGUCUCCCAAAGAGACCCCAGGGAAGCCGGUGGUGCUGCAGCCAGAGAGCAGGGUCAGCCAGCCUCCCAAAAAGGUCCUGUUGAAGAGCAACUUGCAGGCGGCUCGCUCCUCGUCACCGGCCGUCGAGGAGAGGCCCGCGCUGGAUUUCAAAAGCGAGGGCUCUUCCUCGCAGAGCCUGGACGAUGGGCUGCUGGUGAACGCCCAGUACAUCCCGGCCCAGCAGCAAAGCAUGAAGCUUCACAAAGGCACCCGGAACGUCAAGAUUUUGAAAAGCUCCGCGUUGAAACACAGGUCCCACCUUGCCAACGGGCUGGAAAACAGCUCACAGACCUUGCGGGAGAAAGCCAAACUGGUCGGCAAGAAGUGCCGCUUUCCCGAGGAAUUGGAUACAAAUAAGAAAGUGAAAAAGCCCUCGUCGCGGGGGAAGAGAGGCAGCGGCUUGCCGCUGGAGCCGAGCCUCCCGGGCCGGCAGGCCGGCCUGCACAGAUCCGCCCUGCGCUCCCACGGCCACGGCCGCGAGGUUGUGGUGGCCAAGCCCAAGCACAAGCGUGCCGACUACCGCCGCUGGAAGUCCUCGGCGGAGAUCUCCUACGAGGAGGCCCUGCGGAGGGCAAGGAGGAACCGGCGGGAGGGCGUGGGGGUCUAUUCCCAGGUACCCCUGCCCUAUGUCAGCCCCUACGCCUACGUGGCCAGCGACUCGGAGUACUCGGCCGAGUGCGAGUCCUUGUUCCACUCCACCGUGGUGGACACGAGCGAGGACGAGCAGAGCAACUACACCACGAACUGCUUUGGAGACAGCGAGUCAAGCCUGAGCGAGGUGGAGUUUGUAGGGGAGAGCACGACCACCAGCGACUCUGACGAGAGCGGGGGCCUGAUUUGGUCCCAGUUUGUCCAGACGCUCCCCAUCCAAACAGUCACGGCGCCCGAGCUGCAUGAAAAUGCGGCCAAGGCCUUUGUCAAAAUCAAAGCCUCCCAUAACCUCAAGAAGAAGAUCCUCCGCUUUCGGUCAGGCUCCCUGAAGCUCAUGACGACCGUCUAGUGAGGUGACUUGGUGGAAUGUAUCUGCUUCUGCUUUCAGAAGCAAGGUGCUUUUUUUUUGUACAUAUUUCCACAGAUUUUUUUUUUUUUUAAAUACAAAUAUUUAAAACUUAAGGUAAAUUAUGUCACUUGUCUUCAGAACUUGGGUGGAUACUAGUGCCUUUUAUGUGGAAAUAAAAGACCGUUACACUUGUUUAAAAUAACCCAACAACACAACACUGCCAUUUCAGUGGUGAACAGCCUCCAGCGCGUGGUGUCAGAAGGCUUUGAGAAAAAGGCUAAAAUGUUUCUGGGAAUGGAUCUUCCUUGCCUAGUUUUUCCAGUUCUGGGUCUUAUACAGGAUAUCGACAGCUUGAGGUCAUACAUUUUUAGGGAACAAAGGGGAGGGAGUGAGGGUGGUUCUUCAUAUUUUUGCUUGUCCCUUUCUGCUGCUGCUGUUACCACAUCUUGAACUUUUUCCUUCUGGUACUCUGGUCUGUUUUUUUUUUUCCUUUUCUUGUUGAUUCUCUUCUUGAAACUCACUCCUGUCCUCCCCCAGCCUUCCCCCACCAGGAAAGGGCUCCUGUUCAAUCUGUCUCCGAGGUUAAGUCGCUUUCCCUGGAGUGCACUCUGCUCUGAUCUCCUGGGAGUCCCGCUGCGGACGGCCGUGGUGUCCAGAGUAAACUGCAGCUGGAGCAGCUGACCAAGGCUUAGUAACUUCAUUAUAUUGUGUAAAACUGCUUUUGAAAAAGAAAAAAAAAAACCCAUAUGCAUGUCAUGUGCAUGAGUAUCAGUAGUUUUAAUAUUCCUGUUGAUGUCCAAUUUACUGUACAUCAUCAAUGGCUGUUUUUAUAUAUAUAUCAUUGUGUAAAUUAAUAUAACACAUCAUAUGCUGUAAUAAACAGUCUGUUUUAAUACUUUUUAAAGUUUGUUACGUUGGUGCAGACCCAGUCAGUGCUUUUAUAUUGGUGUUGUCACCACUCAGAUGUCUCCUGAUGUGACCUGUUAAUGUUCCUUGCAUUUAGCCAUGCAGGAAACAGGGCAAAUUUAAAAUGCUGCUGUGGAUGUGACUUGUGCUUUGAGGGAAUUGGCUUGUCACAGCUCCUCUUGUUCUUCUCAUAGCUUGCAUUUUUCCAAGGGCAAGGUGGGAUUUAGGAGCUCAGAGGUUGUUGCUGAUGGGCAGCUCACGUUUCAGAGCAGAUGGAAGUAUAAUAUUAAUCCUGCUCUCUGUCUGGGCGCUUGCAGACUUUGGUUGGUACAACAUGGGGGCAGAUGGUUGGUUUCUGUAUCAGUGGGACACAACAGGUGUCCCCAUGGAAUGUCCAGUAAGUGAAUCCCCAAGAGCUGUGUGCUCUGGGAGCUGGGCUGGGUGGAGGAGAGCAUAGCUGCCUGUUCCAUGGUGCCCUCUGUAGCUUUGGCUGUUGGCUCUGUUACAGCCCUAGCAGGGUCAUGGAAGGUGACAACUGGGUCACCCCCUGGUCCCUGUCUCAGAUUCUUCCCAUGGGACUGGAGAGAAGUCUGGCAGCAAAGGAGAAAGGAGCCCUCCAUAGGCAGCACUGCUUCCAUUCACAGCAAAAGCUUUGGAGCUGCCUGGUGGGAAGGUUGGAGGUUUGGGGCAGGUUGAACUGGUUUCUGCAGGUUCAUCUUCUGCUUUGGCAUCCACAAAGCAGUGGACAAACAACUGGAGUGGGUGCUGUGGCUGGUGUGGAUUUCAGGAAUGUGUGUGCAGCCUGACCAUUCCAUAGCAAGGUCUGAGCAGAGCUUUCCUUUGUGGUUCCUCUGUGUCUUUCCUGCUGUCACCCACCUGAAAGGCAGAGCAGUUUUUUUCCCCAGGUCUCCUUGCAUCACAAAUGUAGGAAGGAAAGAUCCACUCAGAACUAAACAUCUCAGGGAGCAGCCUCUGAGACAGUGGGAACAUUUACUCCCAAGAGGCAUAUUUUAUUUUUAAAUCUGCAGUGUAGUAAACCCCUGUUUAUGUCUCAUAUUCUUUUCCUAUUUUUAAUUUUGGGGUUUUGGGUAUUUUUUUGUUUUUGUUUUUUAAAUGAGUGGAAAAGCAGUUUCUGUAAGGGUUCUGCAGUACCUCACCAGACUAUCUUUUCAGUGACCUAGAAAGUCCUUGUACUUCCACCUCCCAUGAAACAGCAAAAGCUGUAACUCCCCUUAUCUGCUCAUAACUCUCCUGUUACUUUACACAUGGAAAGCAGCCUGUAUAUAUAUGUAUAUAUAAAAAAAUUAUAUAUUGGUUUAGAAUAAUUCAUGCAGAAAUUGCUGGACAAAGGCUGCCACUACAGAGAGGGGAGAGAAAUAAUAUUUGUUGUUAAAUAUGAUAUUACUGAGGCUAAACAACAGCUUAAAGCCAUCCCAUUAAUAACUGAUGGGUGUUAUAUCAAACAAAGGGAAUGUCUUGUGGAAGCUGCUAGUUUCUUUCCUAGAAUAUCUCUUAAUCAUGCCACAUAAUCUCUCUCUGAGUGAGAAAAACAUGUGCAAAUCCCUGUAAAUCUCCUCAAAGGUGUAGAAGAGCAGCAGAGGAUCCCCAGCCCUGCACUCUCUCUGGCUGUAAAGGAGCUGCUGGUGGAAAGACAAACCCAGUGGCGUUGGGAUGACGAGUUUCUAAUUGCAGUGCUGUAGCAGAUUGCCUUGUACUGGGUGAGGCAGGCUGCUUUUCAAAAGUGAGCUGCUGAAUGGUUUCUUUUCACAUAAUUGAGUAAAAAAAGAAAAUAAAAUAACCACCUAAAUAUUGCUAAGACUGUAUCAGCUGCAGCCACUGUAUUCUGCAGCUCUCUUGUUGAAUAGCUUAAUACCAGACUUGGAAAUGGGCUGAUGGUAUCUCCCUCUUAAUUGCAUCCGAGUCUUUUCAGUUUGGGGAAGGAAUUUUUCUUUUCUUACAUGAUUUAGGUAAGCAUCCAGAAUCCUUUAAGCAGGCCUAGUUUUUUCUAUCGACAUCCAACCCCCUCCUUUUUUCUUUUUUUUUUUUUUUUUCUUUUGUUUUUUUUAAUAACAGAUCUUAACAGUGCUGGAAAAGUACUUGAUAUGGUCCCAAUACACAACACACAUUCUCAUCUCUGGUUCUGAUUUAGGAAACACAUCUGAGUGAGUAAGUUUUCGCAACAUUAGGUUGAAAAACAUCUGCUGAUCUUGGAGCCCAGUUGAAUAUCUGGCACUUCUUUAAGCUACCUGGCUUUCCAGCUUCACAGCUUGCCAGUGUAUUUUUCAUGAUGUUCACUUUUUAAUUAUCCCCAGUGUUUAUGGUUGUCUUUGGAAGUCUGAAGUGGGAACAUUUCAUUGCGCUGGGAGCUGUUUCAAGGUGGGGGUAGGUGCUAGAGGGGAGUUUUGGGAUUAGGUAUCCCUGUGCUCCUUAUGUGCAGGAAAGUAGAGAAACAAAGGAGCACGAGCCCUUUGAGCUGAAUUCCUUGUGGCUCAGAUAAUUCACAGUUUCUGCACACCUCUGGAAUGCCAUUGCUCUCACUGAGGGCAUCAGCACCAUGCACUCUGAGGGGAUGAGUGUGGCACUGUCUGCCUUCCAGCAGCCUUUCUGGGUCUGUCCUCUGCUCCCUCACCCCAGCCACCAGCUGUGGGCCAGCAAAGAAAGAAUUGAGCUGUGUCUGGUGUGUGCAGGGUCAGGGAGAGGCUCUGGCUUGGUGCCCAGACGUCCCAACUGCGUGGGGCCCCUGCUGUGGAACUCCUGCUUGUCCUGGGAAAUCCAAUGUGUGUGGAGCAAGGGCUCAGACAGCUGGGUCUGAGGGAAAGGAGCAGUGGAGAGUCCCAUAAAUAGAGUGGUCUGAUCCUGGUUCAGCUGCAUUUCCAGAAGAGGAGGUGUUUCAGCCUAACAUCUCGCUCAGUGAGUUACACUGGGCUCAAUGGAGUCCUGCCAGGGACUCUGCCUCAUUUCUUCCAGAACUCUCUGAAUGCUCAAGGCCACUCUUGGCACUCCAAGCUGUUGAGGUGCUUAAACCAUCUGACCAAGUGCUGUAGGAACUGGGGACAAGAGAUGAGCUUCCAUUCCCCAGGCCUGGGUUUGGCCUUCCACAGCACAGCCCCUGAUUGCAGAACGCCCUCUGAGCUUUCCUGGUCCUGGGGCUUCAACAGCAACCUGCCCAUCCCUCACAAGUUUUCUACUUUCCUCAUGGCUUGGGGUCUGAAGGACUGAAAUCAGAUUCUCCACAGCAGUCCUGUGCCUUCAGUAAUCCCAAGCUGUUUGUUGGCUCAGAGGAAGGACAGGCACUCCUCAGGGGACAGCCAGCAAAGCCAUCCCUGAGGGACCUGCACCCCUUCCUGUCACAAAGGGCAGCACAGGUUUGAUGAGCAGUGGUGGCCACUGCUGGGCAUGGCUUUCCCCAGGCAUGUGGUUUUUCUUAUGAGAGGGAACAAGGACAUUUUUGAGGAAGCAGAAACAGCUAAAUACAUUUUUAAUAGCUAACUUUAGAGUAUACACCUUUGGAGUAGCCAACAAAAAAAAAUUAUGAGUGAACUGCUAAUGCAAAAAACAGAACCAUUCUCAGCUUAACAUUACAGAUGGAGAACAGUGGUGAGAAACAAUUGAUGCUGGAGCAUGUCCAGAGAAGGGCAAUGCAAUGGAUGGAAAGGCUGGACUAGAGCAGAAGUCUUGAGAGAAGUGGCUGAGGAGCAUCAACCUGGAGAAAAGGAGACUUAGGGGAGACCUCAUCACUGUCAACAACUCCCUGAAAGCAGGGUGGAGCCAGGUGGGGGUUGGUCUCUUCUCUCAAUUAACAAGCAAAAGGACAUGAGGAAAUUGCCUCAAGCUGCACCAGGGGAGGUUUAGAUUGGAUAUAAGGAGAAAAUUCUUCACUGAAAGGAUGUUAAGGCAUUGGAACGAGCAUCCCAGGGAAGUGGUGGAGUCACCAUCCCUGGAAGUGUUCAAAAAAUGUGGCACCUGGGGACUUGAUGUAGUGGUGAACAAGAUGGUUCUUGGGUUAAGAGCUGGACUUGAUCUUAGAAGUCUUUUCCAACCUUAACUGUUCUGUGAUUCUGUGAGCUGCUUUGGGGUUUGAAAAUUCUACAGUUCUGGAAUGAAGGGAGAUACAUGAAAACCAGGGGGAUGGAUUUAAAAAGGGAUCCUAGAAUGUGCUUUUUUACACAGCAGGGAAUUUGUUUCUGCAAGUUCAGAGGGAAAGAGAAGGUAGGGAUGGAUGUGCUCCACCAAUGAUUGUGGAUGCCAGGGAGAGUGUGAGGUGACUGGACUGCAAACAGUGGCCAGGCUUGUGUGCUCCUCCUCAACACUGUCUUUUCCUGCAGCUGCUGAAGCACCAUUAGCUGGGGGAGAUGCACCAUCCUCCUGACCCAGCAGACCAUUUCCUGUGUUCCUCUGAUCUUGAAGUAACUGAUGGGAGUUUUCUAUGCAAUUGAAUUUUCCUCACUCUAAUAUUUAUUUGUCUUUUGCCCUCCCAACUUCUGCUGAAGGCAGAGGUUCACUUUCCAUGUCUAGCUGAUGGUGACAUGCAUUUAUCCAGACUAUGGACACAUGGUUUUGGUCACUCUUGUCCUCUGGCACAAUAAAUUCAUCCACACUUUCAGGCAGGCACUCUAAAUUCUGUGUUAUGGUGAACAUCAUCCCCUGUACCACAGCUACAGUUAUGGACACAAUCUGUGUGUGUUCCUCAUGACUUCGGUCCAUAAAUGAAUCUACCUUGGGAGUCUGUUGGGCAGCAGUUUUACACCCUGCAGCUGCUUAUAAGCUGCAGGAAAAGCUGGUGACCUACAAACCUAAUGAACCAUCCUAGAGCCAAAGUGCCCCCCCUGCUCUUUGCCUUGAGAAUUUGCUGUCCUUGGGGAGCUUUUCUCUCCACGUGACUUUGUCUCCACUUGUGCCUUGGUUUGGAGCAGCAGAGCAGUGCAUCCCAUGGUCAUCUCCAUUUGACCAGAGUUGGCUGGGGCAGCACAGCAGUUUUGGAGCCCCCAGGGGCAGGGCAAAUGAAUUUUCUCCUGAGCAGGGAUCUGGGGAUCUGAGCCAGUGAUGGCUGCCUGGAAUAGCUCCCUGUCAAAAAAUAUGGGCAAGCUUGGUCCAAAUGACAUUGGGGACCAGACCAAGUCUGGGCUGAAGCAAACACUUUAUAUUGUUCUUGUGGGGACCUCAGUUUGUGGGGAUCUGAGUUUGGAUUUGCUCCUUUCAUUCCUUUCAUGCUGUGUGAUUUGAUGUAAACAGAGCCUCUAUCUCAGUUAAUGGCCUUUGUUUUCAUGCUGUAUUCCUUUAAGAUCAAUAAAGUGUAUUAACAUUAACAACUUCA